AUGACUAAUACUCACUUUGUUCCUCUUUUUGCCACGCCUUCUCUCCCUCAGGUGUCGAAGAACUUCAGUGAGGUUUUCCUGAAGCUGGUGCCCGGAGGCAAAGCCACGCUGGUGAUGAAGAAGGGCGACGCAGAAGGCAGCCAGUCUCAGGACGAGGGUGAGGGCGGGGGAGACAGUGAGAAGGGCUCGGGCUCCCAGAGCAGCGUUCCUUCAGUGGACCAGUUCACCGGAGUGGGCAUCAGGGUGUCGUUCACAGGGAAGCAGGGCGAGAUGAGAGAGAUGCAGCAGCUGUCUGGAGGUCAGAAGUCUCUGGUGGCUCUGGCCCUGAUCUUUGCCAUCCAGAAGUGCGACCCUGCGCCCUUCUACCUGUUCGAUGAGAUCGACCAGGCCCUCGACGCCCAGCACAGGAAGGCUGUCUCAGACAUGAUCGUGGAGCUGGCCGGCCACGCCCAGUUCAUCACAACCACCUUCAGGCCCGAGCUGCUAGAGUCCGCUGACAAGUUCUACGGAGUCAAAUUCAGAAACAAGGUGAGUCACAUCGAUGUGAUCACAGCGGAGCAGGCCAAAGACUUUGUGGAGGAUGACACCACCCAUGGUUAAAAGCCUCAACUCUUCAUCCUCCUCCUCCGCCUCUACAGUGCACUGUGAAGCUUGAAGCCUUCCACAACAGAAAUAUCUUGCUCUAUACACCAGCCUCUUUUUGGCUUUCUGUUAAAGACAAACAAUGCAGCAAGUGUUAUGCUUCUCUGACCAUCCACCAAGACUGCAAUAGGAUUGGACAUUUUUUGAUAACAUACGGAAUACCCCAGUUUCUUUUUUUAUUCCAGGCUGAUAAAACUACACAUUUGAUUAAAAAAAAAAAGCAUGCAGGGGCCACUGUUUUGUCCCAUUCCCUGCAUUGAUGUGCCUCUCGUUUAACAACCACACUCUAUCUGACAACUGACAAAACUGUAGUUGUUUAACACUGAAUCAUUUUGUCUAAAGAGGUCCUUAAGAAAAUGUUCUGGCCAAAAAAGUAUUGAGCCGAGUUUUGGUAAUCUGUUAUUUGCAAUGCCAGAGGCCCUCUAAAAUGUCUUCAUGACCUUUUCAGACAGCAAAUAGUCUUCUGUACAGUUCUUUUUUUAUAUAUACGACUUAGAUGACGAUUGUUAAAAGUGGAGAUUGGAGGGUCUCGUAGUUCUCAGCUUUAGUUGUCACCCCGUUCACUCUGAGGUUUCUGUAAUGUAUACUCUUUAUACUCCUGAAACAAUGCUAACCUUUAUUUGUCAUAACCAGCCACACAGCUUCAAGUGUUCAAAGGUUGUGGUUCUUUUUAUGGUUGUUUCUGUAAUGUGUUAUUUCCUGUUUUUAGGUAAUUUAAGUAUAUUAGUUCCAAACCACAGAUAUCCAUUGUUGAAUCAAACGCAACUCCACAGUCGACUAUUCAAAAGCAGAAGAUAUUCAGCGAUGGUUCCAUUUCUAUUUGGGUCCUGAAAUAACUUCAGUAGUAGUUUUGCUUUUCUGGAAUGCCAAGUUGUAAUGUAUCAUUUCAUUUCCUUACUGGAUGAAUUGUUUGGGAUUAAACUCCUCAUAUGUUGCACCUAGUUUCAAAUCUACUUUUUAGAUGUUUUGGUUCAUUUAUAUGUAAUGAGAAAACUUACAAAAAUAAUAAAAUAUUUUUUAAAUAAAA